CCCGCCUUUGGCCUCCAGCGGACCCAAUUCCCAGGCGGAUUCUAGGUUGUGGGCUGGGCUUUACGGGCUUUCUGGUCUUUCCUCUGAUCGUUUCAAACUGCGGUCGUCUCAACAUUCCGAACUUACCCACUCAUUAGACCGUUGAUUCGGGUAAAUAUCUCAAGCACCGGCGUAUUCCCAUCGGACGGAACUGGUAGCCGUACUAUACUCCGUCACGACACUCAAUUCCCGAGAAAACAAAGGAGCAAAGCCCGCCUGAUCCAGAGGCCAGAUCGAACAGGAGAUAAAGCAUCCUAGUCUGUUCCAAACGAGAUCUCAAAAGUGUCACAGCAGUCCUUGUGAAAAGCAAGAAAGCAAGCAAGCAAGAUGGCGACCACGGCUCACUGCUACUACUGCUUCGAGAGUCUCGCAGCCUCCUACCAACGCAGGAAACCCAUCGACCUUGCCUCCGUCGAGGAACUCUGGGAAUGCCACGAGCAGUUUAAAAGACUCUCUGUGUUGCAGGACAACGAAGAGACAGAAUCACUCAGCGUAGACGACGAUGAGGAGCCCACGGGUAAUGGACGGCCCCAGAAGAUCAAACUCCCCGGCGUCAACCGACUGCAGUCCGACUCCACUUCAACCACUACACCGUCCUCCCUCAACUCCUCCCACUCGACGCUGACCACAUCGACCACGUUAACCACACCGGGGUCGUCCUCUCUAUCCGACACCGCGAGCGGACGCUCCCGCCGCGAGCCCGAGAAGCAGGAGUACCCGCUCUUCGUAACCUGGAACACCAUCUCACGACACGGUCACAAAUCACUACGCGGUUGUAUCGGUACCUUUGAAGCCCAGGAGCUGUCGGAGGGCCUGAGAGACUACGCUCUAACCUCUGCAUUCGAAGACACCCGCUUCGCACCCAUCCCAUCGACUCUCCUCCCCUCGCUCUCCUGCUCCCUCACCCUCCUGGGCACCUUCGAACCCUGCACCAACGCCCUAGACUGGAUCCUAGGCCUCCACGGCCUCCGCAUCUCCUUCAUCCACCGCGGCCGCCGCUACGGCGCCACCUACCUCCCGGACGUCGCCGUCGAACAAGGCUGGACCAAGGAAGAGACCGUGAAGAGCCUGAUGCAAAAAGCCGGCUGGGAUGAAAGCAGCAGUAAUAGCGGCGGCAGCAGUAGCGGUAGCGCCGCGAGGCGGUUCCUCCGAGGCGGUGGCGGUAGUACUUCCAGCGACGGGACUUCGGUUAGGUUGCCGCCAUGGGAACUGGUCUCGGACUUCCGAGCGGUUAAGUAUCAGGGUCUGAAAGCUAGUUGUACAUAUGCGGAGUGGCAGGAGUGGCGGCGGUGGGUUUUGAGCUUGGGUGAUGGGAGUGAGAAGUUGUUGGUUGGUUGAUCUUGUUCUCACUCCGCCUGGGAGCGUGGUUUCUCUUGUGAAUAGACUUUGUGUCGUUCUGUUCAAGGGAAUUAUGGGGUAUGGAAUAUGGGGCGGAUUUAAUGAUGAUGAUGAUCGUGAUGAUAUAAUGAUGGGGGUUAAUGUGGUGGAGAUUGGGCGGGGUAUCAUUUUUCGGACAAUGGGUUCAACAUCAUGGAUAUCUAUGGAUAGGAAUAAC